AUGGGCGUAAUCGAAGAGCAGCGCUACCUUCACGAGGACCUCGAGCGCCUCGAGCAGGGCAUCGCCGACCGCAUCAGCGAGGAACCGAAACACAUCCGCGACCGCCUCAACCGCGACCACGAGAUCGCCCAGCUGCUCGACCAGAUCCAGGCGCAGUCUGUCAAGCUCCUCGACAUCUACCACGACGCAGACGGCGAUCGGUCGCGCGAGAUCCAGAGCAUCGGCACCGGCGACCCCUUUGAGGAGUUCUACAGCCAGGUCAAGGAUGUGCGCGAGCACCACGCAAAGUAUCCCAACGAGCAGGCCGAGAACUCGGAGGUGCGUUACCGCGUCAAGAAGCCCGACGACGGCGAGAUUAUGCCCUACAUUGUCGACCGCCUCUUCACCGGCGAGGAGGGCUUCGGCCGCUUCUUCGACCUGCACACCUGCCACGAGUCGUACCUCAACCUGCCCAACGUCAAGCGCCUGUCGUAUCUCCAGUACCUCGAGGUCUUUGACAACUUCAUCCCGGGCCACGGUGGCCUGAAGCGCGCCGACAAACUGACGGACCAAUACUUCAAGUAUGUCGGCGAGCUGGCCGAGUACCUCGAGUCUUUCAUGCGGCGAACGCGGCCUCUCGAGAACCUCGACAAGGUGUUCCUCGGCUUCGACAACGACUUUGAGGCGGCGUGGGACAAGGACGAGGUGCCGGGAUGGCAGAAGGAGGACGGCGCCAACAGCACGACGCGGGAGCCGAGCACCGCCGACGCCAUCUGGUGCGACGACUGCGAGAAGGAGUUCAAGAACGAGAACGUCUACCGGUCCCACAUGACAGGCCGCAAGCACAUCAAGGCCGCCGAGGCCCGGAAAGCGCGCCUCGACGAGGGGGCCGGGGACGGAACCAACGGCAAUACCAACGGCCACCGGGUGUCGGCCACGCGACUCAAGGAGCGGGCGGUGGCCGAGCGCGAGUACCGGGUCAAGCGGCUCGCAGCGGCCAUGAGCACGGAGCGCGGCGACACGCGCGUCAACGUCGAGCGGCGGCAGGGCAUGACGGAGCGCGAGCGGCAGCAGGAGCUCGAGAACAUCAUGAACCUGUCGUACUCGGCGCCAGGCGGCGGUGGCAUGCACGGCGGGGCGGACCACGACGACGACGAUGGCGACGGCGAGGACGGCGAGGAGAAGAUCUACAACCCGCUCAAGCUGCCACUCGCGUGGGACGGCAAGCCCAUCCCCUUCUGGUUGUACCGGCUGCACGGUCUGGGCGUUGAGUUCCCCUGCGAGAUUUGCGGCAACUUUGUCUACAUGGGCCGGCGAGCCUUUGACAAGCACUUCAACGAGGCCAGGCACGUGCACGGCCUGCGGUGCCUGGGCGUCACCAACACGACUCUGUUCCGCGACAUCACGAGCAUCGAGGAGGCGGUCAACCUGUGGGACAAGAUCCAGCGGGAGGCCAAGAAGUCAAAGGUUGACGAGGGCAGCGUGGUCCAGAUGGAGGACGCCGAGGGCAACGUCAUGCCGGAGAAGGUCUACUACGACCUGCAGAAGCAGGGCCUGUUGUAA